UCGCUGUCGGAAGCCAUAGAGACGCUUAGAAAGGACAGCUCGCUCCUUCCUAUCCGGUCAUGUGACACCCUCAGACUCCUCCCCUUCCGCUCUGUGUCGCAUUAUGGAUUGGUAGGGGCUGGUGACAUAACCGGUGUCUUGUAGUUCCGUCUUUGCCCGUCCUUGUGUAACAUGUCGGCUCUGUACAAGAUAGUAGCGGGCUCGCUGGCGGUUGCCGGUUGGACGGGUCUCGGCUGCUUAUUGUGGUCGUUUAUGGCGCCCAAGCAGGACCAGUUAAUAGAGAUGCGGAUGAAGGAAACAAGGGAAAACCCAGCUAGGAUGGCGGAGUUACGAAGUCAGAAUGAGAUGGUGCUUAAAGUCCUUAAAGAAUCAGCAGAGACCAAAGUGAAUAUCGCCAGCAAACCAAAGUGGAACGCGAGAUGACACAGAACGACAGCAAAAAUGGAAAGGGCCAUCCUUGCCCAGAAUGUGCACAUGUGCAUAGAAGAAACAUCUUCAAGACUGUGGGCAUGAUGAACUCGGGCCUCUAUCCUGAGCACGCUCAUUACUUCUGGCUUUUCAUUUGUCUAUUGGGAUUUAAGGAAUCAACGUAAUGAUCUGCAGAGGAAAUUACAAUGGUGUGCUGUCCUAUUUGUCACAUGAAUGCACUUAUGAAAUAUUCAGGUUGCAGCAUAAAGAGAAACCUCUUUGGUGGAACUGAAAGUCUGGUCUUGGUGAGGGAGUGGUCUUCCCAAAGAGGUGGUCUUUUGGAAAGGUUACACUGUGUAGGUACAUGGCGCUCCCAUCAGAAAGGAGAGAACAAUAUGCAGUCUUCCAAACUCUGGUCCUGGCUGCUGUUUGAUGGAAGCAAUUGGCAUCCACUAUUUUAGGGUACGGUCCCACGUACUGCUUACACAGCGUAUUUCACGCCGUCCAAAAUCUGCUGUUGUGUGAUCCACGGUUACCAUACACAUAGAGCUUUCCUGCAGCAUCAGCCCUGUGUGUGCAGUGAGUUUUGGAGGCGGGGCCCCACCUCCCAAAACUCACUGCACACACAGGGCAAGCCGGAAAGCUCUGUGUAUGGUGAGUGGGGAUUAACCAUCGUAUUUCCUGCUGCAACAGCAGAUUUUUCUCAAUGUGAAAUACGCUGCAUAAGCGGUAUGUGGUACCAUACCCUUAAAGGGGUACCAGAAAGUUAAACAGAUUUGUAAAUGACUUCUAUUUAAAAGUCUUAAUCCUUCCAGUACUUAUCAGCAUCUAUAUUCUCCACAGGAAGUUCUUUUCUUUUCGAAUUUCCUUUCUGUCUGACCACAGUGCUCUCUACUGACACCUCUGUCCAUUUUAGUACCUGUCCGGAUCAGGAUAGGUUUGCUAUGGGGAUUUGCUCCUACUCUGAACAGUUCCUAAAAUGGACAGAGGUGUCAGCAGAGAGCACUGUGCUCAGACAGAAAGGAAAUUCAAAAAGAAAAGAAUUUCCUCUGGAACAUACAGCAGCUGAUGGGUACUGGAAGGAUUAAGAUUUUUUAAUAGAAUUAAUUUACAAAUCUGUUUAACUUUCUGCUACCAGUUGAUUAAAAAAAAAAAAAAAAAAAUUUUAAAAAAAGUUUUCCAGUGCAGUACCCCCUCUAAAGGGAAUUUGUCCCUACCAAUAUGGUGUCCUAUCUGAAGGCAACAUAAACCAGUGACAAAGACUUUGAUUCCAGCAGUGUAUUACUUACAACUUUUCAUGCAGUAGUACUAAUAAACUUGACCUGUACCCUCAGCACAGCACACUAGUCCUGCUAAUGAACUGGUUACAGUCCUAGAUAUUUAUAAGCAGCCGCUCCCUCCUCUGGCCACUAGUUGUACUGUGUAUAUGCAGACAGCUGUCAGUCAGCAGUGGGGUGCAGGGAUUUUAAAGGAAUCUACAUGAAAUGAUGUCAGUAUUAUAUCAUUGGAAUUAAAGUCCCUGUCACUACCUUACGAUGCCCUUAUAGCAUAAACCUAGUGACAGGUUCCCAUUAAUCAACUCAGAUUUAUAUGGUUUUUGCUGACAAUGGGUGUACCAGUAUAUAUUAAAUAAAAUGUAUUAAGUGUU